CUACAGUUUGACGAUGUGCCUUCUGGUCCCUUCUUCAACCCUUACCACCGCUUCUGGUUCUCCAAGGGGUUCCUGGUUGGCCCACCUCCGCUGAUGCCGUUUGUCCCAUCAUCUGGCGGCCACCUUCUCGAAUUCGUGCCCCCAGUUCUGUCAAACAGCUCCGCGAACGGCAUAUCUGGCGAUACAGCCCAGAUUGGUAUGGGGAAGCUUGCUUCGUCUCCUUGUUUCCAGUUUGAAUUCCUCGGCAUGAACUUGGGCUGCUACUCCGACUCUGCUGUCCCCAACCAGCUUUGUGUCUUCACCUUUACCGGCUACAGAUGGGAUGCAAGCCAAGCCAAGGAGACCGAAGCCGUCAGCCAAGAGGCCUGGGUCAACGCCUGCAAUAAGUCUUCCGACUGUCCUCUCACUUCCUUCUCGGCUCUGGGCUUCACUGGUCUCAGCUCAAUUCUGGUCACCUUGCAUAUCAGUGGUCGCCCUCAGGUCUGGUGGGCUGAUGACCUCCGAGUUGGCUGGACCAAGAACGACUGCGCGACUGCGAGCUGCAGACGACAGACCCAGCCAGAGGCCUCCCAGCUCCACGCCGGUCCGACUUGGUUCUGGACUCCCAGCGGCCUGAGGAUCUUGUCAUCUUCCAGAAUCAACCCGCAUCUUUUGGGUUGAAGGUGAAUGAACACUGGCUGACAUGGAUGAUGAGGAUUGUUACAAGGGUGAUGGAGGGAUUGUUGUGUUGCCACACCAUUUGGUCCAAAUUUCUUGGGAGACUCACUGCGAGCCGUAAUGUGUGUUUGAGAUGACGAUGGGGACAAGGGACCAAUUGCACCUAUGUAUGCUACUGCAAGUAUUCUAAAUGAAUGAUUUUUGGAGGUCCAUG